AAAUAGCAGCUCAGAAAGCCAGUGUUUUUAUUCUAGCCUUCUUUAAUGUCAGAACAUAUAAAGAAUUUUAAAUAUAUUUCCCAUCUUAACAGAUGAAGAAAUAUAAGGAAGUUGGUGAGACUUGAAUCCUUGAAACUAAUUCUAAAGUUCUCUCUUCAGAAUGAUUCCUUGCAGGGCAGCGUUGACUUUUGCCCGAUGUCUGAUCCGGAGAAAAAUUGUCACUUUGGACAGUCUAGAAGAUUCCAAGCUAUGCCGCUGCUUAACCACCAUGGAUCUCAUUGCCCUAGGGGUCGGGAGCACUCUGGGUGCUGGGGUUUAUGUUCUUGCUGGGGAAGUCGCCAAAGCAGAUUCUGGUCCCAGUAUCGUUGUGUCCUUCCUCAUCGCCGCCCUGGCAUCUGUGAUGGCAGGCCUUUGCUACGCUGAAUUUGGUGCCCGAGUUCCUAAGACAGGGUCUGCGUAUUUGUACACGUAUGUUACUGUUGGCGAGCUGUGGGCCUUCAUCACUGGCUGGAAUCUCAUUUUAUCUUAUGUGAUAGGUACGUCAAGUGUUGCAAGAGCAUGGAGUGGCACUUUUGAUGAGCUUCUUAACAAACAGAUUGGUCAGUUUUUCAGGACAUACUUCAAAAUGAAUUAUACUGGCCUUGCAGAGUAUCCCGACUUUUUUGCUGUGUGCCUUAUAUUACUUUUAGCAGGCCUUUUAUCUUUUGGAGUAAAAGAGUCUGCUUGGGUGAACAAAUUCUUCACAGCUAUUAAUAUCCUGGUCCUUCUCUUUGUAAUGAUUGCUGGGUUUGUGAAGGGAAAUGUGGCUAACUGGAAGAUUAGUGAAGAGUUCCUCAAAAAUCUAUCUGCCAGUGCCAGGGAGCCACCUUCUGAAAACGGGACAAGUAUCUAUGGAGCUGGUGGCUUUAUGCCUUAUGGCUUUGCAGGAACAUUGGCUGGUGCUGCAACGUGCUUUUAUGCCUUUGUGGGGUUUGACUGCAUUGCAACAACCGGUGAAGAAGUUCGGAAUCCCCAGAAGGCUAUUCCUAUUGGAAUAGUGACUUCUUUACUUGUUUGCUUUAUGGCCUAUUUUGGGGUCUCUGCAGCUUUGACACUUAUGAUGCCAUACUACCUCCUCAAUGAGAAAAGUCCCCUUCCUGUGGCAUUUGAAUACGUUGGAUGGGGUCCUGCCAAGUAUGUGGUUGCUGCAGGCUCCCUGUGUGCAUUGUCAACAAGUCUUCUUGGAUCCAUUUUCCCAAUGCCUCGGGUAAUCUAUGCUAUGGCGGAGGAUGGGUUGCUUUUCAAAUGUCUAGCUCAAAUCAAUUCCAAAACGAAGACACCAAUAAUUGCUACUUUAUCAUCCGGUGCAGUGGCAGCUGUGAUGGCAUUUCUUUUCGACCUGAAGGCCCUUGUGGACAUGAUGUCCAUUGGCACCCUAAUGGCCUAUUCUCUGGUUGCAGCCUGUGUCCUCAUUCUUAGGUACCAGCCUGGUUUAUGUUAUGAGCAACCUAAAUACUCCCCUGAAAAGGAAGGCCUGGGAUCAUGCGACAGUGCAGGUUCAAAAAGUGACUCUCAGGUCACCAUGCUGCAAGAACAGGGCUUCAGCCUAAGAACCCUCCUCAGCCCCUCAGCUCUGCCUACGCGGCAGUCAGCAUCUCUCGUGAGCUUUCUGGUGGGAUUUCUGGCAUUUCUCGUGUUGGGCCUGAGUAUUCUGACCACUUACGGAGUCCAGGCAAUUGCCAGGCUAGAGGCCUGGAGCCUUGUUCUUCUCACACUGCUGCUUAUUCUCUGCAUCACCAUCAUCCUCAUCAUUUGGAGGCAGCCACAGAAUCAGCAAAAAGUAGCCUUUAUGGUUCCAUUUUUACCAUUUUUGCCAGCAUUGAGCAUCCUAGUGAACAUUUACCUGAUGGUCCAGCUAAGUGCAGAUACUUGGGUCAGGUUCAGCAUUUGGAUGGCACUUGGUUUCCUGAUUUACUUUGCUUAUGGCAUUAGACACAGCCUGGAAGGUAACCCAAGGGAUGAAGAUGAUGAUGAAGAUGCUUAUUUAGACAACAUUAAUGCAGCAACAGAAGAAAAGUCUGCCAUUCAAGCAAGUGACCACCACCAAAGAAAUCUUAGUUUACCUUUCAUAUUCCACGAAAAGACAAGUGAAUGCUAAUGCUUGCAAGAACAGAUCUGAUCUAGUCUUACAUUGCCUACCCUGAGUGAACGCUUGCAGCAGGUUGUCAUCAGGUUGCAUUGUCAUGGGUUUGCUGCACACAUAGUUCACCCUAACUUAUACUUUCUUGUUUGGACUGCAUCUCCUCAGAUGGUGAAUUAUAUGGCCAAGGGAGCCUCCUGAUCUCCCUCAGUGAUGAAUACCCCCAAAUUAGUAUGAGUGUGCGUAUGUCUGUAUAUGCUUGGGAACUUGAAUGUUACAAAGUUAGUUGUUGUACUAUUAUUGUGUAUCUUUAUUCCAGUGUUGUCAUAAUGGGUGGCAUGUGCUGCAUAUACUAAAAUAGAGAGAAAUCACUGAAUAGGAAAGUGUUCUGCAUAUGUCCUGUGCAAUUGGGCAGUGGUCGCUUUUCUCUAGUAGGCUCACUUGUCUUUUAAUUUAGACAAGCUUGAAAUGCAGUUAGCCAUUAUGGCAUCUGUUACUGGUCAGGAGGAAGAGGAAGGGAGAAGAAAUGAGCCUUUUCUUUAAGUUAUAGGUGCCAGCAGUGGCUUUAAUAUACAUUUUCCCCUAUUUGGCAUGACAGUUUAUGAAAACUUAGCCAGUAGAAGCAUUUAUUUCUCCUGUACUACACAGAGUAGAAAGCAUCCUGUACUCUACCCUGUAGGAUCCCUGGUAACUUGUCUAUGGACUAACAGCCCUGCAAUGUGACUCCUCUACCUGCUGUGAGUUCUACAACUCCAUCAUCCAACCAGUAGCUCAAGGGGAGUACUAGGAUUUCCUGAUUUCCUGGGGUCCCUAAAGCUAUCUGGAGCAUGAAGGUGGUUCCUAUGAUCCAAAAGCAAGUGUAGAUAGUCAUGACAAGGAUGUGCUUGAAAAUUUAGACAUACGCUCAGACAAGUAGACACUAGAUUUCAUGUU